AUGGUAAAAGAAAUAAUAAUUCCUAAGGAAAAUAUCCCAAAAACGGAGGAAGUUAGAGAAUAUCAAUCAGAAAAGGAAAAAACUACUGAAAAAAAGAAUAGAGAGUUCCAAUUUACUAGAGAUUGGUUUAGAGUGUUUGAAGGAAAAUCAACAAUUUGGAUUUUAGAAGAGUUAUUUAAAAAUCCCGAAUCAAAAUUAAUAACGAUUGAUACUUUUGAAAAGUAUUUUGCUGACAGCGACAAUGAGAUAAUUUUUCGAGAAAAUAUUCAAAAGAGUGGCAAAGAAAAGCAAGUGAAAAUUAUUAAAAGUGGUUCAUUUGAUGCUCUAGUGAAGUUGAAUUAUGAAAAAGGAGUAAAGGAAGAUGGUAUUAUGAUUUUUGAUGAUUAUGAAUGGGAUUACUUUGAGGAAGAAUAUAAUAAUCCAAGAAUAGCUAUUGAUUCUUUUUUACGGUGCUAUAAGCCACAAAUAGAGAUAAUUUACAAGCAUUAUCAGGUUGCCCUUAGAAAGGUUAUCCGUAAAGAUACUCGAACUACUCGAGAAGAUAAAACUUCUAUCGAAGAAUUUUCU